AAGUGAUUUUAUAUCGGAAUCUUAUUGAUUUGUAUUUCAUUACUUCACACUUUAAUCUCGUUAUUUUAUAUUUGGUUGGAUUUUCUUCGCAGGUGCAUCCUAUUUAUUUCAAUUUUAGAAUAAUAUAUUCAUCUCCUUAUUUAAGAGCCAAAAUUUAAUGGGUACAUCACAUUUUUCCGUGGCACCCGCAGCAAGACCCAAACUAUAUUUCAAUGGUAGAUGAAAUAGAUUUAAAAAGUGAAAGUGAAAGGCGGUGGGCUUGAAAUGGGUGCUAAAAAAGCAUGGGUCUGCCAGCCGUCUUGAGGUGGGCAGAAGAAGGCGAUCGGUAGAUGAAUGGCGAAUGCGGAGUCCACGGCGUUGAAGAUUGGUUCCAAUGUGGAAUGUGGAAUGGAGUGAUUGAGUUGGAAGUCGGGCUGAGCCUGAGGGGGGACUAGCCUAUUACCCACGAAUGACUCAUGAAUGAAAGAGCAUUAUUGUGGGCAAAUAAGGUUAAAGACGUGCGUAGUGGAAAAGAGAAAAGGGGUUCGGUUCCUGGAGCCUCUGGAGCCCGGAGGCAUUGCAGACGGCCUUCCUGAUUCUGAGGCGGGGUUGGUUGCAUCGAGGUCCAACCCACUUCCCUGUCAAUUUCAAUUUUCAUCCACCCCUUCCCCUCUCUCUCAACUCUCAUCUCGUUUUUAUUGAUUUGCCCUAUUUUCCGCGGCUUCUCAUUUGGGCAAAGCACGUUCGAGCCUGAGCAAACUCUCCAAGUGCAAUAGUCAACUGGUGAGGCCUGUGAGGGAUGCAAGAUCCAAGGAUGCCGCUGCCUGAGGAAGUUUCAAAUCUUAAGCCACGAAAAAAGAAAUCCUCGACCCAAAAGGCUGCACAGUUUCAAUUACAAGGUAAAAAUGUCAAAGAGGCUCCAGAGUUUCCACUUUCCCUGCCUCUAAAAACAGGGCAGAAGGUCCCCAAAAGAAGUGCAAAGAAUGAAAUUGCUCCAAUGUUGCAACAACCAGAGAGAUCAACCUCAGAUUCACUGCCAGACAAUACAUCUGGAAAUGAGUACCGGGCACUGAGACGGAAGUAUUUGCUGCUUGAGGAAGAGAGCUUUGCAUUGGGAAGAGAAUUGAGAGAGGCUGAAGAUGAGGUUAAGAUCCUGGAAAAUGAAAAGCUUGCACUACUGGACCAGCUUGUUGUGUUAGAAGGUCUCAUUGAUCCUUCAGAGUUUCAGCCAGUGGGGAUGCAGUCACCAUAAGUCCUGAUGUCUUGAGCUCAUCACCUGACUGAAGCACACUUCUUUAUUGAUAUGCAGGCGUGGAGUUGCAUAAUUUGAUUACAAAAGAACAUCAAGGUUUCAUCCCUCUCAACCUUUGCUUCUUUGAAAUGAUGACUUAUUAAUUUGCUCUAAGAUGGCUUUCUUUUAGUGUCAGAAUACUGGAACACUUUGAAAUCAUUAUAUUUGAAUAGAUGGAUGAGCUAGUUAGUGUC